AUGUUGCGACCGUCUCAGCAAUACCCGUUCAUGGAUCCGUCACAACGCCCUCCACUCCAUCCCUUGCCACAGCCAGCUGGAGCUCCUAUCACCGCCGCCAAUCAACUCGUCCUGGACUACAUCGAGGCGACCUUCAAUGCCAUUAUACAAGAAAUCAAACACACAUCGGGGCAUGGCAAGCCGGUGAUUACCAUGAGUCGGGUGGCGGCGGUGAAAGCCUACCCUGAUGAAGAUGACCCAACGCAUCUGCAUUGGCACGUUGAAUCUCGACAAGUACAAUACCACUUUCCCGGCCGAACCAAGGCCGAAGCAUGGAGAUUCGCAUGCGUUGGGCGAAUUUUGCGGGAAAUAUAUGUUGCUAUCAAGCAAGGUGUCACAAUCACAAAGAGGGACAUUUACUACCACGAUGUAGAUCUUUUCAAAAAUCAAGGAACCGUGGAUCGAUAUCUCGAUGAAAUCGCCCACACUUGCCGGGUGACAAGACGAGAUCUCAACGUUGUUGCAAGCCCGAAAGGCCUGGCCGCUGGUCUCUGUGAUGUUCGUUCAAACAGGCACGCGCCGGUUGUCCAGACCAUCUGCGUGAACACCCCAUUAGCCACCACAAGCCACGUCAAUUGGAUCCUGGUCAUAGAGAAAGAGGCAACAUUCAAUGCACUGACCGAAAGGGAAUUCCAUCAGCAUCCAGUUAUUGGCCCGGGCCUGCUUGUUACCGCUAAGGGAUACCCUGACAUAACGACUCGAUAUUUCCUACGCCAGCUGCUUGAUCAGUCUCCGUCCUCGAUUCCAGUCUUUGGCUUGUUUGAUUGGGAUCCAGACGGUGUCAAGAUUUUGAAGUGCUAUCUAUACGGAUCGAGGAGUUUGGCACAGGAGCACGGUUGUGACAUCCCCGAAGCACAAUGGAUAGGCCUCAAAAUGGAAGAUGUGGUCUCGCAUCAAGAUAUUGGCAACCAGGCGGUGCAGUUGUCGAAGCGUGAUCGAAUGACAGCAAAUGCAUUGCUGGCAAAUCAGGAGUGGCACGAUCAAGCAGGAAUUGUUCUGCAAGGUCUGCAAGAAGCGGUCACCGAAGUUCAGCGGAUGCUCAUGUUGAAUCGAAAGGCCGAAAUCCAAAGCCUGGAUGAGGGACAAGGUGGCCUGGAAGAAUGGUUGAUGGGAAGACUGCGUCAACAGCUCUGUUGUAGAAGUUGA